CUUCAACUUUCUUAUUUGUGAAUUGGAUCACUCAAUCAUCAUUACCAUUACCGUGGAUCUUGUCAGGUGCUGUCACAUACGUCUUUGAGUCAUUUCUCGCAAUGUCCGACUCCGUCUACGCGGAUUAUCCUCCCCACCUGAACCCCGCACAGAAGGAGUUCCUGGUUCGGACCGUGAAAGACUGGACUGUUCAACAUGGAUUGAUGAUCCGUCCUGCACCGACAUUCAUCUCCAAGGAGUCAGACCCUCAAGGCGUUGUGGCGACCAGUGCCCCGGUUACCUUAUUCCCCAGUCCUUUCCCCAAAUCUUGCUUCGAAGAGGCCCAGGCCCUCCAGACGGUGUACAACCAACUCUAUGCCGCAAUCACCUGUGACGAACAAUGGAUUGGGGACAUCAUGGAAGACCUCAUUGACGUGGAUGACUUCAUCUCGCACCUCUGGAAUGUCCACCUCGCAGUCAAAAAGGAAGGUUACGUUCAGAACCUCUCCCUUGGCCUCUAUCGGUCCGAUUACAUGCCUCACAUGCCGUCUGCCUCGUCUCCUCCCUCCUUGAAGCAGGUCGAGUUUAACACCAUCUCCUCAUCCUUCGGCGGGUUGUCAACGCUCGUAACGUCCCUGCAUACCGAGCUUCUCAACUCCCCACCGGGUCAUCCCAUCGCGUAUCCGUCGCAUCCCCUACUGAGCACCAGCCAGCCCCCCAAGAACACUUCUGUGGAGACCCUCUCGGCGGGCUUAGCUGCAGCACACUCUGCCUAUGGACCAUCCAAGUCAUCACCAGCUCUACCUACAUGCAUCGUCUUUGUUGUCCAGGAAGGUGAACGGAACGUCUUCGAUCAAUUAGCUCUCUCGAGGCAACUUGCGCAGGUUCACAAGAUUCCCGUAUUCCGUUUGCUCAGCUCCGAAGUCUUCACUCACACUCACAUUCCCGCCUCCAAUCCUUCCCGGCCGCUCAUCUACCGCCCCCCUCACGCCGAAGGAGUAGAAUUCGAAGUCACAACUGUGUACCUCCGUUCUUUCUACACACCGACAGACUACAAAUCCGAGCGUGACUGGGAUGCUCGCAUUCAUCUAGAGCGUUCCGCCGCCAUCAAAUGCCCCACUGUCCUGAAUCAGCUAGCGGGAUCGAAGAUCGUACAGCAGGUGCUCGCGGAAGCCCAGGGGCCGGAUCAUCUUGCCAAGUUCUUGGCCGGUACCGACUCAACUACAAUCGAGAGGCUACGAGCCACCUUUGCUCCGCAAUAUGAUCUUUCCUCGAAUGGCCGUGGACGAGAGCUUGCCUUGACCUCUGAAACAGCAGCCAACCACGUGUUGAAACCCCAGCGCGAGGGAGGUGGAAACAACAUCUACAAAGAGGCGAUCCCUGACUUCCUGCGAUCCCUCCCUGAGACAGAAUGGAAGCGGUGGAUCCUGAUGGAGCUGAUCCAGCCGCCCGCCGAGGCCAAGAACGUGGCGCUGCGACCAGACGGCGAAGUCCUCAGCGGAAAUGUCAUCGGAGAAUUGGGCAUCUACGGCACGAUCCUCUGGGACCAAGCCGGAGGCAAAAUCCUGCACAACGAACAGGGAGGCUGGCUCAUGCGGACCAAGGGCAAAGACGUCAACGAGGGAGGCGUCGCCACGGGAUUUUCCAGUCUGGACAGUAUCAUUCUCUACUAGGACGACAUGAUAGGCCCAUCUGUACACCAGCUAGAUCAUCC